UUAGAGAAAACACACGCUGAGGAAUUUGCCGUGAGAUUCUACGACACUAUGAACAUCUUGGAACAAUUAUGCUUCUUCACAAUUCUUUACGCCGUUGCAGUCUACGCACAGGAAGGAGACUGGGGAUAUGAAAAUAAUGGUGCGGCAGCGUGGGGGGACGCGUACCCCGAGUGCGCGGGGGCGCUGCAGAGCCCCAUCCCGCUUUCGCGAGGGGACGCCUCGCUGUGGGAGCCGGCGGCGCAGCGAAAGGCGGGCUUCCGGCUGCACCUGCAGAGCUACGGCGCCGCGCAGCGGGGCCUCUUCGUCAACGACGGCAAGUCCGUGGCUUUGACCUUCAAUUAUACUGACGUAGAUUCAGCACCUCAUUUGGUUAUCUUGAAUAACGGAUCGGUUGCCUCAUACACC